AUGGAGGCCUCCUGGCGGUUGGAAGGGAUGGCUCAGUAUAAAUACAGCCACCUCUCCAAGCAGGCAGGGACCAGCAGCUCUCCUCCACUGGGGAUCAGCACAAUGAAGCUCUUCACAGGCCUCAUUCUCUGCUCCUUGGUGCUGGGAGCCCACAGCCUGCUUUCCUUCCUUGGUGAGGCUUUUGAAGGGGCUAAAGACAUGUGGAGAGCCUACUCUGACAUGAGAGAAGCCAACUACAUAGGUGCAGACAAGUAUUUCCACGCCCGUGGAAACUAUGACGCUGCCCGAAGGGGACCGGGGGGUGCCUGGGCUGCUAAAGUGAUCAGUGAUGCCAGAGAAGGUAUUCAGAGAUUCACAGACCCUCUGCUUAAGGGUGCGUCCAGUGGCAAGGGGCGGGAGGACUCGGCGGCUGACCAGUUUGCCAACGAGUGGGGCCGGAGCGGCAAAGACCCCAACCACUUCAGACCUGAUGGCCUGCCUGACAAGUACUGA